UGAAAUAAAAGCAUCAUACAACAUGGUGUCAGAAUUAUAAAAAUUAAAAUUAAAAUGAAUAGUCAAACUGCUAAAAAGUACCAAGAUUUUGUGGAAAAUUAGUAAGUCAGUCGUAAAAGUUAAAUAAAUAACUUACAGUUUAAAACAAUUUAGACAAAAUGCCGAACACAGAAAAAACUCCUCAAGUCAUGUCGGCAAACGACACGUGUUCGACAUCAAACAUUUUUAAUAAUGUUCCCAAACUUGUCGUCUCGAAGGCUGAUAGCCAGAGCAAUGCAGUGGAGUGGAAGAAGUGGUGGCAGAGUUUCCAAAUGUUCCUUCUCGCCACGAACCUGGAAGCUGCGUCCGAAAAACGUAAAAUAGCCAUAUUGCUACACACUGUCGGUGAAAAAGGCGUGGAGAUUUACAAUUCUUUUAACUUGGAUUUAGAGAAGAUAACAUUAUCGGAAGUAAAAAACAAAUUUGACAAUCACUUUGAGCCACAAAAAAGCCUAACGAUGACACGUCAUUCAUUUUUCACGAGGGUCCAAAAAGAUGAGGAAACUAUUGAUUGUUUCAUCACUGACUUGCAGAACAAAGCAAAUAAAUGUGAGUUUGGAGAGCUAAAAGACUCAUUAAUCAGAGACAUCUUUAUAGCAAACAUGAGUUCCAAAUUGAUUAAUGUGAAGCAAAGAUUACUGCAAGAAAACAACCCUACUCUUGAAAGAACACUUACACUAGCAAAAACUGUCAUAAUGGCGCAAGAAAAUGCCCAAAAAAUUGAGAUUACACAAUGUCCAGACACAGUCAUGCACAUACAAAGGCAAAGACCAAGGUCAAGGUCCAGAGGUUCUUCAAAUAAACAAAGUAUGUCACAUAGUCAAGUCAAGUCAAGGCAACGCAGUCAGAGUCCAUUUAGUCAGCGCAGUGCCAAUAACAAAACCUGUGGACGGUGUGGUCAAUUUCAUCGCUUCAAAUGCCCAGCUCAAGGAGGUCUUGGAUGUCUACCUCCUGUUUGUCGCUUGAAGCUUCAGGACAAUGCAGUACCAUGCGUUGAUCCUCCUAGAAAAGUUCCAUUUGGAUUAUAUAGCAAAUUAAAAGAAGAAUUGGAUCGCAUGUCGGAAAUGAACGUCAUAGAAAAAGUCACACAUCCUACUGAAUGGGUAAAUUCUGUCGUAGUCACUGUCAAAAAGUCAGGUCAGUUAAGAAUUUGUCUUGAUCCUAGGAAUUUAAAUAAAUACAUUAUCAGAGAACAUUAUCCUCUUAAAAGUAUAGAUGAAAUUAGGUCAAUAUUAAAAGGUGCUUCUUAUUUUUCACAUCUUGAUGCUUUUUCUGGCUUUUGGAUGCUGAAACUAGAUAGUGCGAGCUCAGAUCUUUGCACAUUUCAAACACCUUUUGGUCGUUAUCGUUAUUUAAGAUUACCUUAUGGUAUUAAUGCUGCGUCAGAAAUUUUUCAUCGAGUAAUGACAGAAAUUUUUGCUGAUCUCGAAGGAGUCUUAGUUUUUGUCGAUGAUAUUCUAGUAUAUGGGGAAACAGAAGAAAUUCAUAACAAAAGAUUAUAUAAAGUCAUGCAGAGAGCAAGAGAAGUCAAUUUAAAAUUAAAUAAAGAUAAAUGCAAAUUUUCAGUCAAAGAAGUAUGUUUUUUAGGCUAUGUCUUCAGUAAAGAAGGUGCUAAGGUCGAUCAGGAAAAAGUCAAGGCUAUUGUCAACAUGCCUACCCCAACUAAUGUCAAAGAACUACAAAGAGUCUUAGGUAUGAUAAAUUAUUUAGGUCCUUUCAUUCAAAACAUGUCGGAAAAAACUCAAGUUCUAAGAAAUCUUCUAAAAAAAGACUCAGUCUGGGUCUGGGAUGAAAAUUGUGAAAAAAGUUUCCAAUCUUUAAAAAAUGCAAUCACAAAUGCACCUGUCUUAGCUCAUUACAACCCAAAUAUACCUAUAGUCUUGUCAGUCGAUUCAUCAAAGAAAGCAUUAGGAGCAGUGCUCAUGCAAAAUAAACAGCCUAUAGCCUACAGUUCUAAAACUCUAACUACAACUCAAGAAAGAUACGCUCAAAUAGAAAAAGAAUUAUUCGCUAUUCAAUUUGGUUGUGAAAAAUUUCACCAAUAUGUCUAUGGCAAUAAGUAUAGAAAUACACCUAAAGCAAAUUUUCCAUCUCCAGCUCAGUUAUUAAUGUCCAGAAAUCUAAGAAUGCAUAUACCAGUCACUAAUAAAAAGCUUAAACCUAAAGUAGUCACCUUCAGUGAUUAUAAAAAAAGUUUUGAUAAAGACCGAGCACAAAGUAGAAGUUAUUACAAUAGAAAUAAAAAACCAUUACCACUUUUACAACCUGGUGAUCAUGUCACUUUUAAAAAGAAUCCUAAUUCAGACUGGCUUCCUGCUAUUGUUAAAGAAAGGUUAAAGUGUCAGAGGUCAUACAUAAUAGAAGACAGUAAAGGUAAUAGGUACAGGAGAAAUAGAGUACAGAUAAGGUUCACGUCCAAUGAAAGUUGUCACAAGUUCGAUUCCGAGGUGCCAUCCAAUGCUUCUGAAACCCAAAUUAAUCAAAGGGAAGAGGAACCAAGCGAGAGACAGGUGGAAGCAGACCAUGAUUCAUUUACAGAUUCAUUCAUGGAUUCAGUUCAUAAACCUAAGGAAUUUUACAAAAAGCCAUCAGUAGAUGGCGUUAGCAACGCGGCAUCAGUUAACAGCCGGUAA